UCUAACUCAUUUUCAGCCCAGUUCCUGUGUAAUAAAUCUGGGUUUACUUCCUGUUUGUGUUGGUAUUUACUGGGAAUCUUUGGGGUGUCACCACAGUCACAACUACAGUACACCAAGCCAUACCCUAGGGUGGGCUACAUUUGGUGGCUCGUCCGGGAUUCUUGAAGCUACGCCCACAUUCCCUUUAAGAGUAACAGCCAGAGAAGAGAUCAAAUAUGGACCCUGAAACUGUUGCAGAGUGGUGCCAAACCCUAAACAUCAACACAGACCAUUGUCUAGCACUGCUACUUCCUAAAGAAGAUUUUACUACUAGGCAAAUAUAUCAAUUAAUGGAUGAAGUCAUUCCCCAGGGUCGUUGUUUCAUAAGAGGCAUGAAGAAAGAUGAUGCUACUGCUACCACAAGUGUGUUGCUGGAGUGGGACUGCCGAGUAAUAAACCUAAAUGCACCACCUACAGUAGAGUUUGGUAAAGAGGGCCACAAAGCUCGGUUAGUUUUCCCCACUGAAGGGUCACCAGAAGGGGGAUCUCCUACAUCUACUGCAAAUGAGCCACCUUUGGCUGUGUCCACAACAAUAGGACCUGACUUCAUUACUGCCCUAGGUGACUUUGUUGAGAAAUGUACAAAGGGCAGCAGCCCCUAUAAUGGGAUUGGUUAUCGUAAACUGCGGUUCUUCUCUGGAUCCCAGCCUGUUCCUACAGGUGAGGAUGAUUAUGAGUCUUGGAUGGAACAGUCUAUGCAAGUAUUGGAUGAAUGGGAUAUUCCUGAGGCCCAUAAGAAACAAAGAAUAGCUGAAAGUCUGAGAGGAGCAGCUGCAGACACUGUGCGGAAUCUGAAGUUAAGUAAACAGGACUGCACUGCCUAUGAUUAUCUGCAAGCUUUGCAAGAUGUGUUUGGCAGAACUGAAAAUGCUGCUGAUCUACUUUACCAGUUUGAGCAUACUUAUCAGGGGCAUGGAGAGAAAUUGUCAGACUAUAUACAAUGUCUAGACAAAAUCCUUCAUCAGAUAUUGUUAAAGAAGGGCUUGGAUCCAAAGUUGGUGGACAAAGUGAGAGUGAAACAGAUCCUACAGGGAGCUCAACCCCUUGAUCCCAUAAUGCUGAAGUUGAGGAUGAAACAAGGGGAGGAAAUACUCACGUACAAUCAGCUAAUAAAAGAAGUCCGAGAGGAGGAAGCCAGGCUAGAGGUCAAAGGGUCGGUGGUGGGUGCCAGCUCUGGGCCAAAAGCCACAGUCAAAACUGUAUGCCCUAUGGAAUCAAGUCAAGAGAUGACCCAGAUGAGGGGACAACUACAGAUGUUAACCGAACUAAUGACUCAGUUAACCAAAAGUCAUUUGUCAACCUCGGGGGCAGCUAGCACUAUGCUCAAUACCACAUCUGCAAGGUCAGACAGGCCUGGUCCUACCCCUGAUAACACUUUCGGAAACAUAGUGAUAUGUUACAAGUGUGGAGAGGCUGGUCAUUAUAGAGCACGAUGUCGAAACAAACCAAACACCGAUAAAGUAAUCAACCAAUUAUCUAAAUUACUGAAUGCAGAGAGGAAAAAGAUGCAGGGAAACUUCAGAGAGCCUCAGUGAUGGAGCAAGCUGGGCGCUCAUUUAAUGAAUGCUCCAAGAAAACCCUUAAUAGUGCUAAAAGGUGUGAGGAGGCAGCUCAGUCUAACAAAAGCGACCCUCAUCCACAACCUAAAAAUGCCCGUAAGCAGACUUCAAGAAGACACAGGGAUCAUAACAGUUUCCCUAAAUGCCAUACUGAUGGUGCAGAAGGAUACUUACAGAAGCAAAGGAAACUCCCUUAUGCUUUGACUUAAGUGGUGGCAUCCCAACCCAGUAUUAUUCAGAGGGAAAUGAAUAUUGUUGGAAUGUGCAAAAGGUACCAUAUUGUAAUUUUUGCUCAAGCAUGAUAAGUAAUGUAUAGGUUUUUUUUUGGGUUUGUGGUCUUAUUGUUUCCUUGUGGGGACACAAGAUUUCUAGUGGCGGGAGAGUGUAGCCAAGCUGGUUUCCCUGAAAGUAAGCCUAUUUUCCUGCUUUAUGUGGAUUUUCACUGUUGAUAUAAGGACUGCAGCAGUAUCUAUAGUAAUAGGAACAAAAAGACUACAGAUCCCAUCAGGCCAUGCUCUGGAGAGGAUGCGCUCCAAAAAAGGAAGAGGAAGAAGGGAGGAAGUGGAUCUGAGCACCUGAGGGGUGGAGAGCUGCCAGAGAUCUCUGCUAAAGGCCAGAGUAUGUGUGGAUGCUGCAUGGGAGCCAGUGACAGAGAUCCCCCUGCGCAGUGUGGGAAGCUGACUGAAAUCCUGCCAGCACCAUUCCUAGUCCCCAGCUCAGUACUGAGGGGAGACCUGCGGCCCCAAACAAGUUUCCUGUCUCACAUCUCAGUAGUAAGUGUGCCACAGUACUGAGAUACAGGUAACUAACAUACAGUAUAUAUGUAACUGGUGCAGCAGCAGUAACACUGGGAUAUCCUGUACAAUAUAGUUCCCUCAUACAUACUUUACAGGAGGAACAAUCUGUGUCAGUUG